GAGUGCGUUGAGGUGUGACAACUCUGGUAGAGCUCCUGCUUUGAGACGAGGCGAUCGCCGUUCGGGAAGAGGGUGUUGAAAACCCUGCCUGGAGGUCAUCGAGACGAUUUGUUUGGAAAGAACAUUGAUGAGCUUGCAUGUAUUCAUCACGUGCUUUGGAUGGACUGAUCGAAAUGAAUUAAAAGUUGGUUAUUCAAGUUUCGAUUGCAAAGGACGAAAAAUACAAACGUUCGAGGACUAAAAAUUUGCGUCGCAAGGACUGACUGACUGAGUGAGAGCUCGUUUAAAACCGUUAGUGAACUGACUGUGCUGUUAUCUAAUUAUUUCCCUGCAGGACUAACUCAAAGGUUGAGAACUUGUCUAACUGAUCAAAAUUAAUCGAAAACUGACUUGGAAAAUUACAAAUAAUGCUUCCUCUAAGCCCCACUACUAGUGUUAACGGCUCGCCUGAGGUUGUGUUUGGAUCUCAGCUUGUGCAAGCUAACUCUCGCACACCCUACAGCGAUGCUACACAGACAAAGAAGCACAACCCGAACCACAUCAAGCGGCCCAUGAACGCCUUCAUGGUCUGGUCGCAGAUGGAGAGGAGAGAAAUCGUCAAGUUUGCACCCGACACUCACAACGCAGAAAUUUCCAAGCAGCUUGGGAAGCGAUGGAAGCUCCUCACGGAAGAACAACGCCAGCCUUAUAUUCAGGAGGCAGAGAGGUUAAGGCAGCUGCACAUGAAGGAAUAUCCAGAUUACAAGUACAGACCACGUAAGAAAACGAAAUCUGGUAGCGGGCACAACAUGAAAGCCAAUGACUGCGGUAGCAUGGCGCCGUUGAAAAUCGUCGAGAAAGGUCGUGUGAGCAAAGCAAAAGACAGACACGCUCAUCAUUCUAACUCUACUAACAAAUCUUCUGCAAUUCUGAAAGGUUUCAAACUUUCCAUGGACCCUUCCCGGGGAGCUUUUUGCAAUAACACCAUCACAUCUGUUAGCCAUAAUCGACUGAAGUUGAAACUAAAAAUAGAUCGAAAAUUCAAGAAUACCGUUCCUCAAAACACAUACGUUCCAGUUACCCAAUGCACUUCGCCAUCCGAGGUGCCCGCCACUCCCCAAGAAAUACCUGCUUCACCUGAAAGUGCUUCUUUGUAUGAUGACCAAAUGUCGCCCAAGUCAGUUUCCUCUCCAGUGUCCUUCAGCGAAAGUAGUUGUCCAAGUCCUAGGAGCUUGAGUCCCGACUCCGGCAGGCACAGUCCUAUUUUAUACAGUUUUCACACCAUUGGAGGUGACAGAGUGCGGCAGGCAAUUACUUCUUUACCUCCUAGCUUAACCAAUUUGACAAGCUUGGCUAAUCUAACCGGUACAACCAUUAGGAGCGAAAACAUAACCACGAGCAUCAUAUCCGCGAGAGAAUUGGAGAGGUCGGCGGACGACAGCGAUUCCGGCAAAGGAGACGUUCUUCUUGCCAGUCCUGGCAGGACGGUUCGUGAAGAUCCGCUCAUACGCCCAGCUUUCAAGUUGGAACCUCUCGAAAUAAAACAGGAGCCGAUCUCUGGGAUGGACGCUAUAGAUGAUCUCCUCCGAAUGCCUGGCGAGUUCAAGGUAGAAGUAGAUGAACUGAACUCAGACUUGGAUUUCGAUGCAGUUUCAACGUCCUCUGGAUCUCAUUUUGAAUUUUCUGAUGUGUCUGAUAUGCUUAGCGACAUUGGAGUUAGCAAUGAAUGUUGGCCUGCAGAUCUCAAUAUGUAAGACUUAACUUGUAAAAUCACGUCUUCGAACACUUCAAUUUAGUCAACGAUUGUAUGAUUCUGUUUAAUGUACUUAAUCGACGUUAUAUGUGCGAUUCAUCGUAGUCCAACAUAUUCAGUUUGGGCUCAUAUUAAGGAUAGAACAAUCAUCAUUGGGACAAAAAUUGGACUAAUUUUACUAUUAAUCAUAAGUAAUUAGCUAUCUUUACAGAAUGACGCAAAUCCAAUUCAUUUCUCGUGCGUUAAGUUUUCAAUCACCAUUAUUAUCGGCUGAUUAUUUUUGUGACUAAAUCAUCCAUCUUAUCUCAUGUUACUGGGUAACCGAAUUUUGUUUUAAUGGAAUUAGAGGUCAAUUUUCGAUCUAGUCUUUUAUUCUCGUCUAACCUUUGAGUCUACUGCGUUUGCCAACUAAAAGCUCUGCAAGGUUAUAAUCUUUACUGUUCUUUUCGAGCCUGGAACUAUGAGCAGAAGUUCGAUACUCGCUCAUUUUAUUGAAAUAUGACUUGCCCCUGGACUUAAAUGACAGCUCACUUCUUCACUGCCUUUUAUUUUUUUUACCCUGAUUAGUCUGGUUAACAGAGCUUUCUUCAUUUAUAGAAGAGUACGGGUACAUGAAAUUAAGUAACAUUUGGCUUCAUUGUAGCACAGUGCAAAUUUUUUGUUCAUCAGUGGAAGAAGCUAUUCAUUCAGGAGUGGUGGGCAUUUACAGAACACGCAUGCGAGAAAGGCCAUCCAUCCGUCUCGACUGCAAACCAAUUCGUUCUUCGCAUUUUUUAGAGUGUGAUCGUGCUCGGUUUUACUGAGUGCUGUUUUAGUUCACCAUCUCGUUGACACGAUUAACUGCCUCUAAAUUCUUUUGCUCGUUUUGUGUUAUUCAAAGAUGUUUUCACUCACAUCUAUAGAUUUGUUAUUGGCAAUUUUACGACUUUAUUCUAUCAGACCUUCUUACUUUUUGUCUUUUAGAUUCCUGUACAUUGUUCAAUACGUUAUCCUUUAAGGAAUUAAUAGUAUUAUUACCUUUUCGGUGGAAGUUUGCAACUACGACCAACUGUGAAAGACGACGAAAUCGAGAAUAUGAUCUUGAAUAAAAAGAUCCUGGUGUGGUCACAGAUAGUUACUUCAGAACAUAUGACCGUGUAAUAAUAUUUUAAAGUUUUUUUCUCGCUCGUAUCGUUUCAAUGCUAGUUUGGACGUUGUUAUCAAUUGCGAAAUCAGGCGUAAGCGUCUGAAAAUCGAAGGAGUCUCAGUCGGAUCCUGAACAGAAGUGUCACACGACGGCUUCUAACGAUUUGACAACGUUAUGUUGGCUGGUCACGUGUUACCGCGGUAUUCAGCCGUAUUUUUGUCAUCAAUCUUUCCUUAUAUGAUCUCUAACUCAACGGCGAGCAUUCGGGUGUCAAAGUAUGUUGAUGAAGUGACUUAUAUGAAGUGAUGAUAUUCUUCCAACAUUGUACAGUUAUGGAGGAUAAUUAAUAGGGAAUUUGGCGUUUGAUUACUGUUGCAUCUGCAAUCGUUGCUUGCAUGUUACAAUUAUAUACCAGACUGUUGCAUUUUCCGUUUCUUCCUAUCGUUUCUUAAAUGUUCAUCGCAGUUUAGCAUAUAUUUUUAUCGGAACUUUCAAUAACAUUUCGGAAACUUUGAAGUGCUGGCUAUAUUUUUCUUCUCUUAAAAUUAUAAAUUAGGUAAUUCAAUUCCUCAUCGUUUACUAUGAUUUCACAGUGUUCUUUAUAGUAUUUGUUCCAAUUUACUUUUGAAUGAGGAUGAUUAGUGCACUGUGCACGCUUGUUUCUUUUAAAUAAGAAGAGUUUGGAGAUUGUGGGGAAAGGAUUUAACGAUAAGUGAAGGUAAUUCGCCAAGGAUGGAGGAGAUUGUUCCUGGCAUAUUGAGCUGGCGAGCGCUAACGACUUUCCAUCCUUGGUGUCAAAGAUGAAUUUUGUAUUAUUAGAGAUGGCGUUAGUAGAUUAACUGUGCAUCAUACUUCAUUGUUGUUCUUUUUCAUAUACAUCAAAUAAUUAGUGUAUUAUUAAAUAAUAAGUGCUAUACAUUUAGGAUUUUCCAAUUUGUAUUUGUGACUGUCAAUGUCUGAUAGAAAAAUGGUGAAAAGUCGAAUGCAACAUUCAAAUUCAUUUUUGUAGUUCAAGAAUAAUAGUAGCCCAAAUACUAGUCUGCCUCCCAACCCUGUUAUAUAAUUGUGGCUUUCUGAUCGAAGAAUAAGGAUUUAUUUUUUCUAUUAUACAACGGAAAGCGAAUGUUCUCAGUUUGUGUUUCCUGUCCCUCAGUAUAAAAUGAAUUGAAUUUUUCUUCUCAUUGUUCAGUUCGAUUCUGUCAAACGAACAGGAAAUCGGGUGAGUAUAUACUCGUAUCUGAAUACAAAUUCAUGCUCUACACAUAAAAUCCGAACUUCAUUUGCUUACUAAUUUGUUUCGUAUUAUCCGUAGAUGAUUCAGACCAAAAAAUCGAUUGCUUUGAAAAUGGCACACAAAACCUAAAGAACUGUGAAAUAUAGUUUUAUAGGCCUGAUAAUCGUGGUCCUUCUGUAUAGUUCAACGAUAUUUUGAUGAUGAAAGACUUAUUUGCUCACUCCAGUGUCGUUUUCUGUCAGUAUAGUACUGGAGUUCGCGGUUUCAAAUAACACAACUUUUGCCAGUUAAAUUUCUGAUUUUGUUUUAAUGUUCUCACUUCACGCCCGUCAUUCAAACUCCCGUCCGAUCGUCUAUUGAAGGCCGCGUUGGACGAAAUUUUCGUGCCCGAUACACUUCUACUUCUGAAAUAAUAAUAUUGGAGCCUUAUAUACUACACUUUCAUGCUACCACCAGUAGCCUCGAAAUUCGGGUACGUGAUUCUAAAUAUUUUUAAAUGCGUGAAAAUUAAUUAAUUGGAUUAUCAUUGCUGGCUGUCGUUGCUUUAUUUGAAGCCUUUUUGUGCUAACAAUUGAGACGCCCUUAAGCUGAAGAAGUCAAUUGGCUUGUAAACAUUCAAGUCGUUUAACUUUUUUCCGUGUGUGGCGACAGGUUGUGCACUCAAUCGCUGAAUGAUUUCGGCUUUUGGAGAGCUCCAUUUAUUUAAUAGUCGAGGAGUGGGGCGUCCCUCCUUUCAAGUACAAACGAGGCUUUAGAUCCUGAUCGUCUUCAUGCCUCUCAUGCUUCAACUUUUUUAGUGUGCCUACCUGUUUGCGUUCCAUGUUUUGGCGCCUCUAGUUGACCAUUACGCGAUUUUUUAAAGCGUGUGUUCUCGAUGUUGCAAAUUCAAUUGCUAGGCGUGACAACAACUGUCUCCGGAGAAGUUGGUAAUGUUCCUCCUAUUUUCGAAGGAAUUAAAAUUUUUUGUUAUGUAAUCGGCUGUUUAUUAUCACUUCCAAUGUGAAUUUUCUAAAUCUAGACAGUCAUGAUCUUUGAUGUUGUUUCAACGUAAUGAAUAGACAAUAGCUGAUGAAUUUAAUUUCGCAUAUUAUAUUGGAUUUACGUAAGUCUUAAUUAAAAUAUGCAGUCGUAAAUCAUACAAAGCUUCAAGUUUCCGUUUAAGGUUUUUCUAUUUCUCGAGUGUCAAAAAGCUUCACUUGGUCUUGUUGGACAUUGUAAAGCACAGCACAGAUCAACUUUGUUCGCACGAAAUUUGACUUUGAAAUAUAACUUGUCAUAUAUGAGCUCAUACGAGUUUCUAGAUGAUAUUAUUAUGUACCUCUCAACAAUUUAAUUGCGAUGUUAAUUGAAACGAGUCAUUAAAAUUUUUUUCUCCCGUUUAUUAUCUGGACUAUUAUUCACUUUUGUGUUGCGCUCUUCUGUCACGUCAUAGAGAGCCAUUGAAUUUAUGUAAGCAAAUGAGUGCUGUAUCGAUGCUCGGCACCCGAACGGCAAAACUUGAAUUUCGACUUUUCGUUCAAUAUUUUGCUUAAUUGUCCAUAAUCCUUCCAUAGAUGAUAGUGUCUUUGUAAGGACUGAUUAAAACUGACACGGACUGCUUAUAAUUGUGAUGUAUACUCAGUUAUUAUUAGUUGAUAAUUGACCAUUAUUGUUGUUGUUAAAUAAUGCUGUUAUUGUUAAUGUUAUAUAGCCACUUUUGUAGACUUCAGCAUCCACCAGCUCAUGCUCCUUCGCAAUCAUUGCAAACUACAUUGAACUCUGCCACCUCAUUUAAAUCAUGUAAUAGCUUAUUUUAUUCAAAUACAAGUUGGAAGACUUCA